AUGGAGAAAGACUCCAUUCUCUUUGGAGAUGAAGUACCAAGAAGGAAACGUAGUGAUCUUAAGCAUCGAAGAUUACCAUCACAGUGGCUCAAAACAGCAAAAAGCUCCGUCACUUCUCCCGGGCCGUCUUCUUCCACUGGCUUGACAAUCACACGAAACGAAAACCCUAAUAUUCCGUAUUGGCUUGUGGAGGCGAUGAAGAAAUACAAUGGAUACGAUGCAAAAUUGGUAAUAAAGGAAAAAGAAUUGUUCCCAAGUGAUCUCACUAAACGCCAAGCUCGGCUCUUGUUCCCACCAAAUCAGGUGGUGUGUUCUGAUUAUUUGACGGAGGAAGAAAUAAGAACCCUAGAAUCAAACCCUCAAGACAAGCAUCGCAAGCAAGGUGUAAGUGUAGUGUUUCUUGAUAGUGAGAAAGAAAAGCACAAUGUUGAAUUGAAGAAGUGGAAGAAAAACCUAGUUCUAGCCAAAGGAUGGAUAAACGUGAUUAACACGGACUUGUUUAAAGUUCGGGAGAAGUUUCCUUUAUGGUGUUUCCGAUCAAAGCAAGAGAAUGGGAAACUCUAUUUUGCCCUAGUUCCCAAGGACGAGAACACAACAGAAACUGAAUCUUCUUCAUCAAGGAGAUCAACGGAAACUAGUAUCACUGCGACUUCAGUCAAAUCAGCAGGAAAUCCGCCUGAAAACUGGCUAAAAGUUCUAGAUGGUAUUCGUCAAAUGACAUCUUCUGAAGAUGCACCAGUACUUGAUUCUAGAUUUUGUGUGGAGGAAAGAAGAUUUGCUCUCUUGCUAGGAUCACUACUUUCAAUACAUCCAAAAGAUAAGGUUUUGUUAGCUAUACGUCGUCUUCAUCAAAACGGCCUUCUCACUCCUGAAGCCAUUGACAAAGCUGAUGAAUCAACCAUAACAAAUUUGAUCUACUCGGCUGGAAUUGAUAGUAGCAAGGCUACAUUUAUGAAGAUAGUAGCUAAAACGUGUCUAGUGAAAUAUAAUGGAGACAUUCCAAACUCUCUUCAUGACCUACAGUUGGCGGUUCCAGGGAUUGAUCCCAAAAUGGCCCAAUUGAUUCUGGAUAAAGCAUCGACUGGUGGUGAUUCGUCCGGUCAAGGCGGAUGCUCUCCCUUGAGUUUCGAUGACAACAGUGAGCUUCCUCUCACCGAUUUCUUCAAAGGCUACCUUCCCACCGAGUCUGAACUCCAAGGCUUUUUAGGCAUUCCUCCUAGCGAUUCUGCUUGA